UAUCGUUCGCUGUUAUGAAGAGUUUAGAAAUAGUGACAAGCAUCAAUAAACCUUGCGAGUUGUCAACAUUAAAAUCUCCUGUGUAUAUGCAGACCAUCAACGACUGCCAAACACUUUCAGUCCAAGAAAGUAGAAAAACUUCCAAGAACUUUGUUCAAUGUGAACAUUCAAGAUGGCAUCAAGCUUUGACUUUCUCAGCCGAAUCACAAGAGCUUUAACAGUAUCUCGAGACACAAGCAGUGACAACACUCCAUCCAAAAUCUCCCCGACAGCUCCCUGCUAUGCUGAAAUGUUGCUCCAUGGCCUGUGUGAUCUGUGGAGGGAGACUUUGUUCUGUGACGUAACCAUCACUGUCGCGGGUAAGAGCUUCAGGGCACAUCGACACAUGCUAGCUGCUGCUAGCCCCUACUUCCGAGCCAUGUUUUCAUCCGGGAUGCAAGAACAGAGCAAGAGUGAGAUAACAUUGCAGGACACAGAAGCAGAAAUCUUUGAAACUGCCCUGAGUUUCAUCUACUCAGGUCAGGUGGAGGUGACGUCUGAGAACUGCCAGGACCUGCUGGGUGUGUGUGACAUGCUGGGGCUGGUGGACGUCGUCAUGGCAUGCAGUGAGUUCCUCAAGACUCAGCUCCAGCCAGACAACUCUCUCGGUAUCUACCUGUUUGCCGAUGCCCACCAGUGCCUGGAUGUGAGAAAUGAGGCAGAAAAUUACAUUCAGGGACACUUUAUGCAAGUUUCUCGAGAGGAAGAGUUCCUGACACUGCCCAAAGAUGUGCUGAUACAUUUCCUCUCCAGUGAAAAACUCAGGGUUGAACAGGAACUUCAGGUAUUUAAUGCAGCUAUGAAGUGGAUUCACCAUGACCUUGCAGUUCGGAAGAGGCAAGUGUUUGAUGUCAUGGCACCCGUCCGAUUUCCCAUAAUACCUCAACAGAGUCUAGAUGCUUGCAUUGAUAGAUGCCAGGAUAUCAGCCUGAAGAUAGCGCUGCAGAAACUUCUACAGGACUACAAGAUGGAUCGUAAACUCUACGUAGAGCUUAAACUCUCCAGAACACACCCUCACAUGCUCCAGCCCAGGAAAAGUGCAAGGAAAAAUAUUUUCGUUAUAGGUGGUUACACCCGAGGAAAGGAUUCUCGUUGGAGUGACAUUGAGACGCUGGUCUCUGGUGAGCGGUACGACACAUUCCACCAUCUGUGGCAUGGUAUACCGUGUAUGAAGAAUGCACGCAGUGGUCAUGGUGUGACAGUGCUGGACAGAAGGAUUUAUGUCAUUGGGGGCGAGAACGAUGCUCUGAUCAACGACAGUGUUGAGUGUUAUGAUCCAGCAAUAAAUAAGUGGUCAGCGCUGCCAAAUUUGAACUACCCUCGGUGUGGCUUGGGAGUGUGUUCGUACAAGAAAUACCUGUUUGCAUUUGGUGGUUGGAUAGGAUCGGAGAUUGGGAACACGAUAGAGAGAUAUGACUUUCAGACAGAUGCCUGGGUGAUUAUUGGCCAGCUAGAAGUGCCAAGGUUCGCAAUGGGGGUGGUAGAACAUGAAGGUCUAAUCUAUGUGAUAGGUGGUCUGAGUGACAUGGGUAGUACAGAGUUACGGCACAUGGAGAGCUACAACCCUGUAACCAAGGAGUGGCAGAGACUCAGUGACAUGCACAUGUCACGCGGCUACGUCGGCGUCGCCGCCAUCGACAACUACAUCUAUGCAGUAGGGGGGUGGAAUGAGAACCAUGGGUCUCUUGCAUCAGUGGAAAAAUAUUCCAUUGAAAAUGACAUGUGGGAGGAAGUGGCGCCGAUGUCUGUGAGGAGGGCUGGCGCCGGCGUUGCAGCUGUCAAUGGUCAAAUCUAUGCAAUAGGUGGCCGGACGUACACACUUGACCACUCUGCCCCUGCCACCCUUGACCUCAUGGAGCGCUACAACCCUGCAACAGACACAUGGGUCAAACUGACCAGCAUGGCAAUAAGCAGGUGUGAGGCGGGUGUUGUGGUUGUUUGAUGACUCACAAUCAACAUCUGAGUCAGACCAAAGAGAUGGGCCAUGGUGAUAUAGGUGGAAUUGUAAAUCGACUCACAAUUGACAUGGUGAACGGAUGGGCAGUGGUGAUGUUGGUCUGAUUGUAAUGGGGCCACGGGUGGCCCAGUCAUCUUAGUCGCCACAAUUUGUUGUGCAGAGUUGCGUCCCUUCAGGUAUGCCAGAAACCUAUGAUUUUGGGUUCAAAUCCCGGUUCACUCCAAUUAUGUUUCUAGGUUUGUUGCACCAUACCCGUGCUCGUGGGUUUCACCAAAGUGGCAUCAGUUCAGGCUUUCUUCGCACAUUAAGCUGACAUGCCGUGAUAUAACUGGAAUACUGUUCAAAUCUGUGUUUAAGACAACUCCCUCCCUUUGAGUGGAUGAUAGCUCACAAUCAGCACAUGAGUCAUUGCAGAUUGUUCAUCAGAGUUGAAAUGGACGAGUGGCUUGAAACAAACAGGGUUGUCUGUGAGGCAGGCAUUGAUUGAGUUCCGGUGCUUGAACUGUGUUUUUCAAUCUGUGAUAUUACUAGGAAUUCAGUUAGUAGGAAUACAGCAAUGUUGGAACAAGCAUCUCUAGUAAUGUAUUAUAAAGCCAAAAGAGUUUACUCGAUGAAGGCCAGGAGGCUGAAAGCUUGGAGGUUACAUACAUACUACUCAAAUGAAGUUAAGGAACACCAGAUUCUUUCAUAUUACUAUAGUUAAAAUGUCAUGACAUCAAUAAUAUUGUGAAAACUCCAGUCUUUCUUUGUGUGGAUUAUUUCCAUGUAAGUUUUUUUAAUUUAUUAGUUUCCAUAUUUCUUAAAUGCAUUUUCUUGUUUAUUAAUAAUGAUAUCUUGUUCAUUUUGACAGGAAAAUUACAAUUAUUCUCUGGUAGAAUCUAGUGUUACAACUAAGGGUGUGUUUCAUCUACAGAAGCAUUGUUGAUACAUCCUGACCUUCCUAUCCUUUCUUCUUCAUGUUUAUGCAUUGUUCACAGUGUCAUUGUGUUGGUGUUUGUCCUGUGCGUUAAUCUCAAGUCAAUGCAAGUAUCUAUUUUCAGGAAGCCUUUGGGUUUAUUGCAAAUCGCGGUUAUGUGGAUAAUGUUGAUAUUCAAUGAAAUGAUUAAAAUGCUUGUGAAGUAA